UGUGCCUACAGGUACUAUAUAGUUCUUGUAGUACCUACCUUUCUAGUUUCUUCCUUCUUGUAACUAGUUCUUUUUGGGAUUGUGUUCUAAAUGUUAAUAUUUACGAUGGAAUUGGUUUCAAUACUAAGUGUUUCUAUUAUAGUAAUGAUAUCUUUAAGAGCGUUAUACCUUAUUUACAAUAUUUUUAGAGGAUAUUACAUGCUAAAUAGUGAAAAUAAUAGUCUGAAAACUAUUUACUGUAUUGGAUCGGGUGGACACACAACAGAAUUGUUAAGAUUUACGUCUCAUUUGGACCCCGAAAAGUAUCAGCCGCGGUUAUACAUCAUGGCUAUCAAUGAUACGAGUAGCGAAGUAAAAGUACAUGAACAAGAACGCGAAUCAACUGGUUAUAAAAUUUAUAGAAUCCCCAGAAGUCGGAACGUCAAACAAUCAUACAUUUCGUCAGUAUUUACAACACUCUAUGCUACUAUCUGUACUGUACCAAUAAUUUGUAAAUUUAAACCAGACAUAAUUUUUUGCAAUGGUCCUGGUACUUGUAUACCUAUUUGUUUGGUUGCAUUCCUGCUCAGAUGCAUUUUUGUACUGGAUUGCAGAAUAGUUUUUAUAGAAAGCUUUUGCAGAGUAAGAACACUAUCAUUAUCUGGUAAAAUAUUACAGUGGUUUGCAGAUGUAUUUGUUAUUCAAUGGCCUCAGUUAACAAAUGUUUGUUUUAGAGGUAAAUACUUUGGAAGGCUAACCUAAUUCUGUAAAAAAACAAUGUAUCAAAAAGUAAUGUUUUAUUUGAGGUAAUAGGGAAAUGGGGAAACAAUAACUUAUCUAUAUGCUGAUGUUUCAAUUGCGAGUUACUUAACAGAGGGCUAGAUUUGGUGCUUGAAUAAUGUUGAAAGGGAAUUUAUCACAUUUAUUUCUGUCUAACAAAUAAAAAUCUGCCCUUUUUACUUUUAAAUAGACUAAGCAUAACAUAUAUAUUAACUUUAAAGUAGGUAUACAAAAGAAAUACCAAAUUACAGUAUUCAAUACAUGUUAAAUAAAAUAUCCAAAAAAAUAGUAAAUAAAACACUACUUUAAUAAUUACAAAGCCUCUUACACUUUUAUGUUUUUGUUAUAUUUUAACAAUUAUUAAUCCUUAGCCAUUGUAAUGAUGACUGAUUUUAAUAUCUGCAGCAAUUUGUAUAUGUUUGCAAUACAAUGAAGACUUUCAAACUAUCGAAUUAAUCAAUAGUUUUGUGGAUUAAAAUAUAAAAAGAAAUAUUAUAACAUUCAUUGCAGUCAUCUGGCUGCAGAUUAUAUAAA